GGGGGUGUGGCUGUUCAGGCAUGGACUUCGCUCUGGCUCGGCCAGUCGUUUCUGGCAGCUGAUUGCAACAAGAUCGAAUCGAAUGAUGUGUCGGGCCCUGGACUUGAGCUUCUGCCUAUUGUCGCUGAGUUCCUUUAUUGCCUGCUUUGGUACCCUCAAUAUGCUCAACAAGAUUGUGCACAUCCAUGCGGAUGCCUCCGUUCAUGUGUCUGUGCGUGUGUCGGACGACAGCUCCAACUCCGAACGCUGCAGCAGGACCAUAAUUGUGGACAACAUCCAAUUGCCGCAUCUCACCUGGCUGGAGCUCUUCUAUAUGCGCUGGACGGUGGUGCUGACCCUGGUCUAUUCGUUUCUUGUCAUGAUUAUGAUUAGGGCCAAGUACAUGAGCCACUUUCAGAUCAAUCAGGUCACAUCCAAUGGGAUGAUGCUUGUGGGCACUGUCCUGGCUGUGGUUCUGCUCAUUUCCACCACGAUACUCCACGAGCGGACGCCCUUUGUGGAGGUGUGGUGCAACAAUUUCAUCAUCUACUAUCUAUACUACAUAGACCUCAACACCAUCGUGGCCGUCGCCUACUUCAUUUACACAUCCUGCUACCUAUUGGUGAGCUCAGACGGCGACCAAGAGCCGGUAUAUAUUAUGUGAUCACUGAUCAGCAGUCUAUGUAUGGUCUUUGGCUUAACAUCCUGUCGUUCGGCUAUCAAUUUCCCUGUUAGGCCUCGCAGAAUUCGAUUGAUUUUCAUGUUUUAAACAUAUUUAUAAUGAAGAAAAACGCACAUAUUUA